AUGAAGUAUUCCAUGGCCUCAGUUUCGCUCUCUCUCCUCUCCCUCGUCUCUCUACUGAUAGCCUCAGCCUCCUCGUCGCCGCCCGCAGCAGCCACACGAGGCGUCGCCGCCUCCUCCGCCAUAACCCUCUCCCUCUCCCCACGAACCAAAGCCCCAUUCCCAAACCCAUGGCAGCGACUCAACCGCCUCGCCGCCUCCUCCAUAACCAGAGCUCGCCACCUCAAAACCUCCCACAAGAACUCUUCUUCUUCUUCUUCUCCAACCAAAACGCCACUCUUCCCCCAUAGCUAUGGAGGCUACUCCAUUUCUCUCAGCUUCGGCACGCCCGCACAAACCCUGCCAUUUCUCAUGGACACCGGCAGCAGCUUGGUCUGGUUUCCAUGCACCAAACGCUACUUUUGCAGCAAAUGUAACUUCUCGAGCGUAAACCCUGAAAGAAUCCCAACCUUUAUACCGAAGCUUUCUUCUUCCGGGAAGAUUCUGGGUUGCAAGAACCCGAAAUGCGGGUUGGUAUUCGGGUCGGAGGUCCGGUCUCAGUGCCGGGACUGCGACGAAAUCUCCGGCAAUUGCAAUCAGACUUGCCCGCCGUACAUGGUUCAAUACGGGUCUGGAGCGACGACAGGAUUACUUCUCUCUGAAACCUUAGAGUUUCCGAAUAAAUCGGUGAAAGAUUUUGUCGUUGGGUGUUCGGUUUUCUCGACCCGUCAACCCUGCGGCAUUGCCGGCUUCGGCCGGGGGCCGGAGUCGCUGCCGGCGCAGAUGGGUCUCGGUAAAUUCUCCUACUGCCUAGUGUCCCACCGGUUCGACGAGAUGCCGGAGAGUAGCGACCUUGUUCUGGUUGACGGGUUGGAUUCCGGCCAUAUUAAAACCGGCGGUCUCAGUUACACGCCUUUUCUCAACAACACGAAGACGAAAAACUUCGCUUUUCUUGAUUUUUACUACGUGAAUCUGAAAAAAAUAACCGUCGGCGGCAAGAACGUGAAGGCACCGUACAGUUACCUCGUUCCCCGAGACGACGGCAACGGCGGGACGAUCGUGGAUUCCGGCACCACGUUCACUUUCAUGGAGUCAAAGGUCUUUGAACUGGUGGCGAAAGAGUUCGAGCAGCAAAUGGCGAAUCAUUCCAGGGCGUCUGAAGCUGAGAGCCAGUCUGGAUUGAGGCCGUGCUUUAAUUUCACGGCUGGGAAAACAGUGUUAUUGUUCCCGGAAUUGGUGUUUCACUUCAAGGGUGGCGGAAAGAUGGAGUUGCCGUUGGCCAAUUACUUCUCUUUCGUGGGCGAUUCGUCUGUCUGUAUGACGAUCGUGACGGACACCGUCGUCAACCCGGUGGCCGCCGGCGGCCCCUCCAUCAUUCUGGGGAAUUACCAGCAGCAGAAUUUCUACAUAGAGUAUGAUCUGAGAAAUCAGAGGCUUGGGUUUCGGAAGCAAGUCUGUAAAUGAGUUUUAGACUAAUAAUAAUUAUUAUUCAAUAAAUUAAUUAAUACACCCCUUUGCUAUGUUGCCAUGUUUGUUUACUUAACACUCAAUUUUCAUGCUUUGUAUUAAUUUUUUAUGUUUUAUAUUA